AUGAUUCUCAUCACCAUUGGAGUCCUGGCCCUCCAGGGCGGCUUCGUCGAACACAUCAACCUUGUGCGCAGGGCCGCCGAACAACUCAAGAUCCAUGUCGACGCCAUCGAGGUGCGGACCGCGCAAGAACUUGCCCGAUGCGACGGCCUCAUCAUCCCAGGUGGCGAGAGCACCACCAUCUCUUUUGUCGCAGCUCAAUCCCGUCUGCUUGAGCCUCUAAGACAUUACGUAAAAGUCCAAAAGAAGCCCGUCUGGGGGACAUGUGCAGGUCUCAUCCUCCUCUCCGACGAGGCAAACGCCACCAAGAAGGGUGGCCAGGAACUCGUCGGCGGGCUAGGCGUCCGCGUCCACCGCAACCACUUCGGUCGCCAGAUCGAAAGCUUCCAGUCCGACUUGGAGUUGCCGUUCCUCGGUGAAGGUGCUGCUCCCUUCCCCGGGGUGUUCAUACGCGCCCCCGUCGUGGAGGAGAUUCUCAAGGGCUCCGGCCCUGGCGAGGACGUCCAGGUCUUGGCCAAGCUUCCGGGUCGCCUGAACAAGAUAAAGGCGGGUGUCUCGCAGGCGAAUACCAAGGAUGAUUCUGGCGAUAUCAUUGCCGUGAAGCAGAGCAAUGUGCUGGGAACUAGUUUCCACCCGGAGCUCACGAACGAUGUGCGUAUUCACGCAUGGUGGCUGAAAAGCAUCUUGGGACAAUAG